AGGUUGCUGACUCGGAGCUCUGCUGCGGUGAGCUUUGAGCUAGCGACUCCCUGAGCUUUCUGGCUGCUCAUGUGUCUGUACACUGCUGUGGUGCAGACCGUAUCGUAGCCACGCUAGCCUCCCUCCAGCACUUUAACAGCUCAGUCAGUCAGCAGCUCCUGUGUAUUUCAGCAGCAGCUAGGCUUUACAAUCUUUAAGUGUCUCUGUCUCUAGCUGAGGAUUUCCUGUCUGUGGAAGGAUUUUCUUCUCUCUCUUUCUGACCAAAGCAGAGAGAGGAGGAGAAGGACAGAUAGUAAGAGGAGAGGAAAACAGGAGAAGGAAGAGCGACAGUGGGCCGGGAGUGACCUUCGUGGUGUGGUGGCAAAGCAGAGGAGGAGGAACGGGACUAAGCGGAGGAUCCAUCAGCUGGAGCAGGUGCAUUUUCCCUCUUUGAGGAGCAGUGAUAUGGACACCAGGUGUGGUGACGCUAAGCUCUCUGUGGGUGUGUGUAGGAUGUUGUGUCAGGGCUAAAGCCCAUCCCUCUCCCAUGAGCCUGUGUGCCCACACACACACCUGGCGCCUCCACGCACACACCCGGCGGCCACGCACGCACAGCCGGCACUGACGCUGUGAACUGGACCCUCGGAGCCCAGCCGAUCCCAGCUGAGCCAAGCGGAGCGGAGUCUAAACCAGUUGGAGCCUGAGGAUGUCAACAGAGACAGAGCUACAACCAGCGGUCAGGCCCAGCAGCGUAAGACGGGACUCCAAGAGGAAAGGGCAGGAUCGCAGCGAGACAGCUCUCAUCAGGCGUUUUAAGGGCGAUGGCGUCCGCUACAAGGCCAAGCUCAUUGGCCUGGACGAGGUUACCGCCGCCCGUGGAGACAAACUCUGCCAGGACUCGAUGAUGAAGCUCAAGGGAAUAGCUGCAGCAGCACGGUCUAAAGGAGAACACAAACAGAAGGUGUUCCUGACCGUUUCCUUUGGAGGAAUCAAAAUCUUUGAUGAGAAGUCAGGGGUCCUCCAACACCACCAUGCUGUCCAUGAGAUCUCUUACAUUGCCAAGGACAUCACGGACCACCGAGCCUUUGGCUAUGUCUGCGGAAAAGAAGGGAACCACCGCUUUGUGGCUAUCAAAACCGCGCAGUCGGCUGAACCUGUGAUUCUGGACCUGCGGGACUUGUUCCAGCUUAUCUAUGACAUAAAGCAGAGAGAGGAGAAGGAGAAGAAGGCCCAAAAAGACAAGCAGUGUGAGCAGGCGGUGUACCAGACAAUACUGGAGGAGGAUCUGGAGGACCCUGUCUACCAGUACAUUGUGUUUGAGGCGGGACACGAGCCCAUCCGUGACCAAUCAGAAGAGAGCAUUUAUCAGGUUCCCACCAGUCAGCAGAAGGAAGGGGUCUAUGACGUCCCAAAGCGACACCCAAAUGGACAUAAAAGAAAACCCCACCACCACCACCAUCACCAUCAUCGACAUCAUCAUUCUCAUGAACAACCCCUUCACCAAGAACAAACCGAACAGCAGCAGCAGUCGCAGUCACAUAUGAUAGACUUAGACCUGGAUAUGGUGACUCAGAAUAUCAACCAAUUAGAAAUUUUUGGAGACAUGUCUACGCCUCCUGACAUCACCUCUCCAUCUACUCCCGCCUCUCCAGCCAACACCCUGGACCCCUCACAGGGCUUGCAGCCUCCCACGGAACUGUUUGCUCCCUUCAAUCCUGCGUCUGUGCCCUCAGGUUAUGUGACGAUGGGAGCAGUACCUCCUGGCCACUGGUCCCAGCAGGCUUUUGCUGCCCAGACUCCGCUGGCCUUCGGGGUCCAAUCUCCUCUAGGCCCGGUAGCCCAGGUGCUGCCAGGUGGCCAGCCUCUCAUCUGGGGCCAGGCCAACAUCUUCCCUGCCACCCAGCAGCAGUGGGCAGCCAUGGCAGCAGGAGCCUUCCCCCCCACAGCCUACCUCCCAGCCCAGCCUGUGGGCACCCUGCCCGCCACCAUGUUCCAGACUCUCACCCCCGUCACGACUGUGACUCCAGCCGGCGAGAGCCAUUCGAGCACUGGAGCCAGCGCUUCAGCUCCUUCCCCUUCAGCAUCUUCGAGUCCACAGCAUGGGGAGAGAGGAAAGAAGAUGGGAAAGGAGAUGUUCAAGGAUUUUCAGCUGGCGAAGCCUCCGGCCAUGCCUUCGAAGAAGGCUGAUCAGCCCAGUUUAACAGGAACCUCAGAGGCGUUCAGCACUUACUUCAGCCGUGUGGGCACUGCCCAGGACACAGAUGACUGUGAUGACUUUGACAUUUCUCAGAUGAAUCUGACACCAGUCACCUCCACAACACCAUCCACCAACUCCCCACCCACCCCAGCUCCCAGGCAGAGCUCUCCCUCAAAAUCCUCAGCCUCUCACGUCAGUGACCCCCCCACCGACGCCACAGACCCCCCCACCGACGACUCGUUUGGCGAGGCAGAGGGCAGUCCCAGUCGCAGUGGAGAGGAAGAUGCUGCAUGUGGUUCUGGGUCGCCCUGCCCCAGCGAGACAGCAGAGCCCAGCCCAGAUCAGGCCAGUCCAGAGGCUGGGAGCUAGAUAGCAGCAGGGCAAGAAGAGGAAGGACCCUCUCUAUGCCCAGAUUAACAAAGGGAAGAAAUAAAGAGACACACAGGAA